AUGGCAGGAGCACUAGCAGCAGAUAUCAAAGAGAAUAUCUUGACAUGCAACAUCUGUCUGGGAGAGUAUGAGGACCCCCGUGUGCUGCCUUGCUACCAUACAUUUUGCUAUGGUUGUAUAUCUGACCAUGCUACGCGCACGCUGACUCCAAAUAGAACAUUUCUGUGCCCCAUUUGUAGAGAAAAGCUCCAGUUUCCAGCUGGUGGACUUAAUCAACUGAAAAAGAAUUUCAGCUUUAGCAAAACCAAGGAUAUCAUAACCAAGCAACAAGAGAGACAGACGCUAGAAGAGGAACAGGCCAAUGUAGCAGCAGUGACACAGGCCAUUGCACAGAUGACUAUCAGUUGUGAGAAACAUCCUGAUAAUGAAUUAAAAUAUUACUGUGAAGAUGAUAAUACUGUUAUAUGUGGCAAGUGUAUAGCAACAGGGCAUGGUGGACAUCGUAUAUCAUCAGUAAUGCAAGUUGCAAAAAUCAACAAAGAUAAAAUUAAAACUGCUCUUGAGAGAACUAUGAAAACAACCAACAGAUUUAAAGAAGCCCUGGAAACAGCCAAUAAAACAGAUGACCCUCAUAUCAAGACACACACUAUCAAAAACAUAAAAAAACAAACUCAGAAUGUGCGCAAAUUCAUUGAUCAGAGAGAAGAGACACUGAUAUCAGAAGUUAAUUCUGCUUAUGACAACUGGAAAAAGCAGAAGGAGGCAACCAAGGGCAUCCUUGAAUUCCACCAUGCCUCCUUGCACAGUGCCUGUGAUUUUGCCCAGGAACUUAUCGCUAAUGGCACUGACUCUGAAAUCAUGCUUCAUGCAAAACCUCUGAUAGUAAGACUGGCAGUGAUGGAAAAAACACCUGUCCCAACUCCAGACACACCAGCUCAUAUAUCUUACAUACCAGGUAAGAUAUAUACUGCCGGACUUAAAGCCAUGUUAGGACAGGUGACAGAAGAAUUACAACUUCCAUUACCAGGACAAGGAACAAAUCCACGUUCAGCACCAAAUCUUCCAGUUUUCUUUGAGAAGGCAAAAUGUAUGCAUUCCUUCUGCCCUAGGCUGAAAGGUGACAUAAUAUUUCGCAUAUAUGGAUUGGCCGUUGAUGAGCAAUAUACAUAUGUUGUGGAUCAAUAUAAUUCUUGGCUAUGGAAUGCCAGAACAAAAUUGUUCACACAUGAUGGAGAAUUAAAGUUUGACUUUAAACUAAACAAUCCAUUUGAUAUAGCUGUGUCACAAACUGGUCACCUGUUUAUAACAUCAAGGGUAGACAAAUGUGUGAAAGUGUACUCCACCAGAGACAUAGACUGGGUCAAAUCCUGUGUACAUGUGCUGUCACCUACUGGUAAUCCGCUGUACCAGUAUGGAGAAAAAGGUAGUGAGCCGUUAAGUCCAUGCGGAGUGUGCACAGACAGCUAUGGUCAAAUCUUCAUUGCUGACAAUAUUAAACACAGGAUAGUGGUACUUAGUCCACAGGGACAGUUUUUCAGAUACAUUGCCACUAAGGCUGAUGGGUUGAAUAAUCCUGUAGCAUUAGCCAUCAACCCUGCCGGUCAGCUGGUGGUGGCAGAGGAAGAUGGCAUGAUUAAGACAUUCCAGUAUUCAUAG